AUGAGCGAAGUGGGUGUCAUUUCAACGAUAAAUUUCAAUGUGAAUAAUGGUUACCUGGAGGGUCUCGUACGUGGAUUGAAAGGCGGAAUCCUCAAACAGUCGGACUAUCAUGUAUUAGUUCAAUGUGAAACCCUGGAGGAUUUAAAGCUUCACUUGCAAGACACUGACUAUGGAAACUUCCUGGCUAACGAACCGGGACCACUAACUGUUGGAAUUAUUGAAGAAAAAAUGAGGGAGAAACUUGUGAGCGAAUUUAGGUACACCCGAAAUCAGGCCUUCCGUCCUCUGUCGGUUUUCCUCGACUACAUAACAUAUAGCUACAUGAUUGAUAACAUUGUCCUCCUGAUUACUGGCACUUUGCACGAAAGACCAAUAUCUGAGCUGAUAACUAAGUGUCAUCCUCUGGGCACGUUCAUGCAAAUGGAGACUUUGCACAUUGCCUCGACUCCAUCUGAGCUGUACAAUGCCGUCCUAGUUGAUACGCCGUUAGCCCCCUACUUCGUCGAUUGCAUAACUAAGCAUGACUUGGAUGAACUAAACAUCGAAAUCAUUCGCAACACACUUUAUCGUGCCUACCUCGAAGACUUCUACAGACUGUGCAAAUCUAUGGGCGGUGCCACUGCAGAAGUCAUGUGCAACUUGUUGGCCUUUGAGGCAGACAGACGGUCAUUUCUUAUCACAAUUAAUUCAUUCGGCACAGAGUUAACUAAAGAGGAUCGCGCCAAGCUGUAUCCACGAUGCGGUAAAUUGUAUCCCUAUGGGUUGGCUGCACUCGCAAAGGCUGAUGAUUUCGAUCAAGUAAGACACAUCGCUGAUUACUAUGCGGAAUAUAAACCACUAUUCGAUGACUCGGGGGAUGCCGCUGGUGAAAAGACGCUGGAAGACAAGUUUUUCGAGUAUGAAGUUCAACUGAACCUGGAUUCCUUCAUGCAGCAAUUUCAUUUUGGCAUGUUCUACUCCUACAUCAAAUUGAAGGAGCAGGAAAUGAGGAACAUAGCUUGGAUUGCCGAAUGUGUCUCUCAACGUCACCGAGCCAAGAUUGACUCCUACAUUCCUAUUUUGUAA